AUGACAUUGAGUCAUCAUGGUUUUUUUGAAAAUUAUCUUCAAAAUAUUUUAGCCAAUGAUCAAACUGUUCUCAUGUACAUUAGAGAUCGAUUUAAAGAUCAUAAAUUUUCAUCAAGCAGAAUAUCACAAAUAUUUCUCAUUCGAUUAAUUCAUGCUUUAAGAGAAUAUUUAAGUGGACCAAUGUAUUGGUAUCACCGAGCAGUUUGGGAAGUUGCCACGGAUCGGUACUGUCAAAAUGCUGAGAGUAAUCAAGAUUAUUAUAAAACCACCGUCAAAACUUAUCAACAUGAAAAAUUCAAUAAAUCAAAUCCAUUCUGGAUGAAGGAAUUGCUAUAUCGUGCCACUUGUGCAAACAAUAUCGACGAUCUUAAGAACAACUUUUUGCUCAAUCUCAAAUUUACGCAAAUGAAAGAACGAGGAUCCGAUAUUGAUCAACUUAUAGCUGAUUAUGAGUUUGCUAUUUACAAUCACAAUCAGGAUCAAACUUUGAGAUUAGUUCAUCAAGUACUUCUGAUCGCGUAUAAAAUUCGUCAAGAUCCAGUACAACUUCCCGGUCAAUUAUUUGGACAAUUGCAUGGUUAUGCAAUGGGUGCUGGUUUGCAAAAUUGA